AUGAUAGCAAAAUUGCUUUUUUUGGUCUCAAUAAUUUUAUCAUUUGCUUAUGCAUACGAGGUAUGCGGGAAUCAAGAUGGUACUUAGUAUUAUUGUGAAGAUGGGUACGGUUGUUGUUCUACAACUACUUGUGGCUUAAAUUGUUCAGGUGGAAAAAAUCAUGGCUUUCCACGCUAUGGGUAUGCUCUUAUGGUUUUAGGUGUUGUUUUCCUCUUAAUUAUAAGCCUUAAGUUUUGCUUAGGGCUACGUAAAAAAUCUAACAAAAAUAAAAUUGUAUAGAGAUAAAAACCAUUACUAUAGGUUUGA